GCUUUAUUUCAUUGUCCUUCUCCUUCUUCUUCAAAUAAGCUUCACGAGUUCUCUCUCAAGCUGUUUCCCGGCAUCUCCUGUUCCUUGUACGGCACGUACUCUGCUUCUGCUCCUCAUCGGCGACCAAAGGUUAGGAACUCUGAAGGUUUAUCGUCCUUGGCUUAAAUAAUGAGGUUGUACUUGAGAGUUAAGAAUAACACUAAUUCAUAUGCAAGUUUUGGAAGAAUAGCACAUCCACUUUUGAAGGAACUUUUUGGUUGAUUGGGCAAAUGAAGGACAGAUUUGAUUUCAAAUCCUCUUUCCCAUUAUUAGUAUCACCAGAAUAUUGGGCAAAUGAAGAUUAUAAGUUGAUAUAUUGGGGAGAUAAUUAACGGGUACUAAAGAUUCUAUUACUUGUACACCAGAUUGUUUAGACCUUGUUCAGUUGGAAUUCACUUUUGCAACAUGGUGUUUCCAGUUCAUGAAAUGGAGUUCACACUGAAAAUGAGAAAAAUAACAAAAGAUUCAGUGAUUGCAUUUAUGCAAUAUUCUUUAGAUCUAACACAUUUGAGAUUUUAUGUUAAUGGUGGAAGUUGUUUGGUUCCAAGUGUCUUGGGAAGUUUAGGGAGUGACAUUGAGAUCAAGUAAUCAGAUAUUCACUAUCUCUUGUAUUUCGGGGCAUGUAGUGCCCACAGCCCAAAUGAUGUAAUUAGCUCAUUAUCCCAAGUGCACCUCAAGGCCUUUACAACUUCUGAUAGCCAUCCUAUAAACAUUGGCUGUUGUAAGGUGGAUUAAUGAAGUAGGACACGAUAGUGGAUUCACUACUAAUCCUGUGCUUGGAAGUUGUCUGCCCACACUUUGCUGAUUGGCUCCUAGGCUGCUAUACCAUGCUAUGUCUUGAAACUUGUUUGGUGGAGCCAAUAGAGUUUAUAAGGCCCCUUAUGCUGGAAAAUGGCUCGUUGAACAGUGGCCACAGAAAAUGUAGUUGGGUUUGAGUUUUGUUGCUUAAGUUACCUGUGAAUUUAGAUGUAGUGACACUUGAGCUGUAUGAAAGACUUUAGGUAUUGAACUCACGCUUGUGGUUGCUGGAUGCCUAUGAGGAGGAUAAAUUGUAACUGACAAGAUCUCUUCAGAUUCACAUCUCUUAUCCUUAUAAAAGGAGGAACUUGUACCUCAUUUUUGUGACUUAUGUAAGUCCAAUACUGACAUUAGUAUUCAAUGCUUCUGAAAUUUUAGUCAAAAUGGUUAUGUUGAUGGUAGAGUUCUUCAGCUUAUUGAUAACAAAAGACCAUUGCCAGAGUUGGGAUCUUUAAUUUUCCUAAUUUUCUUUGAAUUCUAUUUAUAGAGAUUGUUUGUUGCAUUUUAGAAGCUUCUAUCUUCACCCAAGGUCCUCUAUCACUAGUACUAAUGGGAGAUUUCUUGUAAGUGAAAAAAUCUAGUUUAAAAUGAAGGAUUGCAACUUUU